AUGAAGACCCCUAUUGGAUUCUUGGACUCGUGGACUUGCCGGUUCGGAGUGGAUGGUUUAGACUCGGCACAGCUGGACACGUCUCCAGUCUUGGAAUCUUUUCCGCCAGAAGGAAUCCUGUUUUGUGAUGAAGACGGCCGCCAAAUCCGCUUGGAUCGCGCCGGCAUCGAGCGCAUCAUGUCAUGUACUUGGGCAUGCCAUCUCCUGUUGGAGGAUCAACGUCUCCUAACUGAGCGCGAGUUCUGGGCAUUUCCCCCUCCGGUGUCUCCGAGCACUCCUUUUGGCAACGUUCCAAGCAGUGUCGAUGCCGGGUGUGAUGAGAUGCUGAGGUGUGGGGAUUUCUUAUACGAUUCGGUGUUUGUUCGAAGGAUUGGAGUGGUGGACGGUGUGGACAUUGGGCUCGGCCUGUUCACCAGACGGGCAGUGGCCAAGGGCAUGUUCCUGGGAGAGUACGUUGGAGUCAUGACACGCCGCACGUGUGAGGAAGACGGCGUGUAUGGCUUCUCUCUGCCAGUUGUGGAUCCCGACCUCGUCGUCGAUGCGAAAAAGUUCGGCAAUUUAUGUAGGCUUAUAAACCACAGUGAUGAUGAUUGGAACGCUGAGCUGAUGUCUGUUCACCACGAGGGCUUGCUUCACGUGAUGUGCCGGGCGACGCGUGAUUUGAUGCCCGAGGAGCAGGUCUUCAUCCACUACGGCAAGCGCUACUGGAUGCCCGAGGCUAGAAGACGUGUUCGGCUCGGACGCGCUCUCGAUACAUGA